AUGGCGGGCACACCUGACGCCUCGAUUCUUUUCUACUUCGCAGAGUCACCAUUUUUUGACCCGACGUCGAAUAACGCCUCACUGGCCAUCCAAGCGAACUACAAUGAAGCUUUCCGGCACUUUGUGGAGACGCGCGAGGCCUUCGAGGGCCGCCUGAAGACUAUGCAGGGCUUGGAAUUCGUGGUUUCAUAUGAUCCCAUUCAGGCAGCAGCACAACCUGAUGGUCGAUUUGCACACGAGCCGUCGAACAUUUGGGUGAUUCGCAAGCAGAACCGGCGCAAGAGGACCGGCCUGGACGAUGAGGUGGCGGUUUUAUCAACGUACUUUAUCGUGGGAGACUGCAUCUACAUGGCCCCGUCGGUUGCGAGUGUAGUGGGAAACCGCAUCCUGUCCGCAGUUACGUCUCUCACCAGCUUGCUAAAGACAGCAUCUACACUCCCAACCUUCACCCCGUCCCAUGGCCAUACUUACAUGCCGCCUGCACUCAAGCAAGCAGACGCAAGUCAACCUGGCACCCAAUCGCAGCAGAGCAAGGAAAACACACCACUGCCAGACGCCGAUGCAGCUGGCAAAGCCUCACUCGUUGGAUCUUCACAGAUGGUCGGCGCUGGUUCUAGCCUGCAAGACACGCGGACACUCGCAGAGUCAUUCAAUCUGCUCCGAAGGUAUGGGGAUGAGUUCAUGGACGAACAUCCGUUGGUGGGAGAGCCCGGAUCAUUCAUCCUAUCCCGAGUCAAUGACACAGACCGAACCUCGGCGGCGAAACCGCCAGCCACUGCCGCGAAGGUUGGAACGCCGCAGGUCCGGGUUGAUACACCGGGAAAGGUAUCAGAGAAGGGGGCGACGCCAUCGGGGUCCGAAGAGAAUAAAAUGCGGAAGAAGAAAACUAAGGUUGGCAGUUGA